CCAGGAAUGGGCCAUCUUUUCCCACUCAUUGAGUUUGCAAAACGACUUGUCGUCCACCAUGAAGUUGCCAUAAUCUUCAUUGUCCCUAAUGAUGGCUCGUCCAUGGAACUCCAAAAGAAGCUCCUCCAAUCCCUCCCGAAACCCAUCUCAUACGUCCUCCUUCCGCCGGUGAACUUUGAUGACCUCACCGAGGACAGUGUCAUUGAAACUCGCAUUGAACUCACCUUGACUCGCUCCCUCCCUGCUCUACGCGAGUCCCUCAAGGCCAUUAUGGCCGAGUCAACUCGCUUGGUGGCUCUUGUAGUAGAUGUGUUCGGUCCAAGCGCCUUUGACGUCGCUCGAGAACUCGGUAUCCCGCCCUACAUUUUCUUCCCUACGACAGCGAUCGUGUUGUCGUUUUUCUUCUACUUGCCUAAGCUUGACGCCAUAACUUCCUCCGAGUACCGAGACUUGCCUGAACCGAUCAGUUUACCGGGUUGUACACCGGUUAAAGGACGCGAUCUUUUCAGCCCACUUCACAAUAGGAAGACCGAGAUCUAUAAAUCAUUCGUUCGUAUGGCGGACCGGUACAAUCUGGCUUCUGGGAUUAUGGUCAACAGCUUUAUGGAGUUGGAACCGGGUACUUUCAAGGCACUAAAGGAAAGGAUCCACGGUAACCCGUCGGUUUACCCGGUUGGACCGAUGAUACAUACCGGUUCACGUAAUGGGUCGUCAGACGAACCCGAGUGUUUGAGUUGGUUGGACAAGCAACCCAAUGGGUCAGUGAUGUUCGUCUCAUUUGGAAGUGGUGGGACCCUCACUCAAGCUCAGUUGACUGAGCUCGCCUUCGGGCUUGAAACGAGUGGCCAAAGAUUUCUUUGGGUUCUCAAGAGCCCAAAUGAGAAAUCUGCGGACGCGGCUUUCUUCAGCCUCAAAAGCACCAAAAACCCAUUCGACUAUUUGCCCGAAGGCUUCUUGGAAAGGACCAAAGACGUGGGUCUAGUGGUGGAAUCUUGGGCACCGCAGGUUCAGGUCCUGAGCCAUGGCUCC